AGAGUGAAGUGCAAUUUUUGAAAGAUUUAGCUACUGUUUCUACCAAAUAAGCAACCCUGGAUAUACCUUUGUUUGAUAACUUUUAGCUAUCGUGUGCCGUCAAUUCAGUUAACUAAAUUUCUACUACCAAAAAUGUGUUGCCCUGUAUCGAUUAUGACAUUGAUAUUUAUGUUACCAGCAUCAUUGUUUUGUAUCAAGAUCAAUAUAAAAUAGGGUUCGAUCAAUGAACAAAACUGGUGAUAAUGAUCAAUAUUAGUUGUAAAUUUGGGAAAAUGUGCAACGCACAUGUAGAUGUGUGCUUGAGCAUGUGUACGCACGCAUUCACAUUCGUAUACAUACACAUAUACAUAAAUCUGUUUUGUUGUCUUUAUAGAAAUUCUUAGAGGUAUUGAAGAAAAUAUUACAAGCUAAGUUACUGUGAGUUUGUUUGUUGAAAAAUAUUUCAGGAAAAUCUAUAAUAUGAAAGUGAAGCGUUACCAAACUUUCCACAAAGCCUUAAAACGUACAAAUACAAGUAUACAUGAUAUUUCAUAUUCUGAUUUGAAAACAGGGCAGGGUUUUAACAUUCCCUAACUAUUUCAAGUCGAGAUAAUUAUAAUGGAAACAACAUCUAACUGUAGAGCUACUUGCCAGAAGUUGCGUCAAAAAAUUGUUAGUGUACAAAACAUACCUAUACCAUCAACCAACAGUAAUCUACCAGUAAAAGUAAUGGGCGUCAAUAGUCAGUAUUUAAAGUCAUUAUCCUUGACUGGAAGCAAUGGAUUAAAGGUAAGAAAGGAUCGUAAUUCUUCAGAAAAAUCAUCGGAAAGAAAAUACGAUUCAUUUAGUGAAAGAAAAACAAAGACUUAUGAAUGGCGGCAAAAGAAAAGGCAGCAGAAGAUAUUUAAAGCAGUACCUCGGCACUUAUCUCGGUUUAGUGAGUGGAAAAUAAAUGGCAUUUUGUCGAGCAGCUGUUCUACAGAAACAUUUCUUCAGAAGCAAUUCGAAGAUAAUGUGAAACAACGGCAAGAAUUAUUACGUCUUUAUAACGAAUGGCAAAUGCAUGUUACUCUUCAAUAUGAAGAAACAGAACAAAUUAACAAGAAAUUAUCUGGCCCAAAAUAUUUUAAAUUAUCCAAGUUUGAAACUUCAAAGAAACUGCCCAAGGUAACAAAGGAAAGUGAAGUGAAAACCAACGAGUUACUGAGAUUUUUUAAACUGCUCCAAAAUGAUGUCGUUGCUUGCUUUUUGGAAAGAGAUUCUUGUUAUCGUCUCUCCGAUAAAUAUCUUCUGGCAGAAACAUUUGUGUAUUUCAAGCGAGCAGGUUAUUUGGCCGAUAAAUAUACCUAUUAUAAUUUCUUUGUAGCUCUUUAUCUUGCCAGUGAUAUGGAGGAAGAUGAAGAGGAACUCAAAUACGAAAUAUUUCCUUGGGCUUUGGGAAAAAACUGGCCUAGUAAUUUUCCACGUUUUCUUAAAAAACGGGAUCAAUUAUUCAAGAAAAUAGGUUAUCAUGGAGUAGUUAGCCGAGUGUGCUGUGAAGAAAUAAUGUCCAUACUACCAAACAGCCAAUAUUGGCAGAGAGAAAGACCAUUACAUCAUGCUGGAGGUGUAAGAAAAACUCAUUGCUUUGAGUCCGGUGUUCAGGAGUGCAAUAAGAAAGAUGGUUAUUACUAUAAAUAUGGCAUGAAAAUGCAACCGUUCUGUUUGGCACCAAAUAAAGAUGCCAUUUCUUGUCUUUUGUGUCACCCGGAGUUAGCACCAACUCCAAAACAAAUAGCCUUUGUGGAUCCUGUAAAAGUUUGUCAUAAUGAAGACAAUCAAAUUUCUCCAAUUGUAUCUAAAUGAUCAACAGGAUCCCUUGAAUAAAGGCAUAAUUUUUGUUAAUGUCAAGAUUUUAAGGUUAAUUUUUUGUUUCUUUCCACCCACAUUUUCGUGAUUCUUUAAAAAUUACUUUGAGAUUAUUUCAUUUAUGAAUAUAUUAUUUACUGUAUUGAAGAAAAAAGUUG